ACAAAAACGCGCAACUACAGCGGGGAAGAGCAGCGAGGACACACAGAGACAUGACUCUACCAGCUGUGCGACAACUUUUUCUUUUCUGUUUAUUCUGGUUUCUCGGGUGUUGGAGCACAACAGACGCCAGUCCUUAUGACCAGUGGGAAGAUGGCAUAGCUUUAAGAAAGGUGCGCGGCAUCCAAAGUGAUGAUUUGAGUGACGUUCUGUGGAGAGACCAGAAUGAGGAACAAGUCCAGAAUGUUUUCAAAAGAUUUCUGUUUCAUUACUCCAAAGCGCGUAACUCUGUUGGAGCUGUACAGCAUGAGUCUCACUCAGUUCACCCUCUGAUGCGACUUUUGCCCAAGCUUUCCCAGAGGAGGAAGAAGGUGCUACUUUUGAAGAUUUGAGGGCUGCCUGAGGCGACGUAAAAGAAAAAUCUAAAAAACAAACGAAGGAAAUCAGAUGUAACAGAAGAUGAACAGCAGACAGCUUCUCCUCUGGACAUCACAUCCAAAAAUCAACUGAUGGAGCAACGCACAGCGUCUCCGACAUGUCUUCUCAGACAAAAACGUGACUUUUUGUUAACAGAAAAUAAAUUAUUGUAUAGAUGUAAACAAUAUAGAACUGCACGAUCAUGCCUGCCAUGUGUCUUCCUGUUUC